GUGAGUGUGUGUCUGCCCGAGUGAGUGAGUGAGUGAGUGAGUGAGUGUAAGUAAGUAAGUAAGUAAAUAAGUGACUGAGUGAGUGAAAGAGAGAGAGAGAGUGUGUGAGUGGUUCAUUUUUUAUACUUGCCAGAUAUGGAGGCAGAUGGUAGCCAAGCCACCUCUGGCAGUCCAAACGACUCGCAGCAUGACCCAGGUAAAAUGUUUAUCGGCGGUCUCAGCUGGCAAACCUCACCAGAUAGCCUUAGGGACUAUUUUAGCAAAUUUGGCGAAAUCAGGGAAUGUAUGGUGAUGCGAGAUCCGACCACGAAGCGAUCCAGAGGCUUCGGUUUCGUUACGUUUGCCGAUCCUGCAAGUGUAGAUAAAGUAUUAGCUCAACCCCAUCACGAAUUAGAUUCCAAGACGAUUGACCCUAAGGUUGCAUUCCCCCGAAGAGCACAGCCCAAGAUGGUCACACGAACAAAGAAAAUAUUUGUAGGUGGAUUAUCUGCAAAUACGGUAGUGGAUGAUGUAAAGCAGUACUUUGAGCAGUUUGGCAAGGUAGAAGAUGCCAUGCUAAUGUUUGAUAAGACAACCAACAGGCAUCGAGGAUUUGGCUUUGUAACUUUUGAAAAUGAAGAAGUUGUUGAGAAAGUCUGUGAAAUCCAUUUCCAUGAAAUUAAUAAUAAAAUGGUAGAAUGUAAGAAAGCGCAGCCUAAGGAGGUGAUGUUCCCACCAGGGACUCGGGGCCGUGCUCGGGGAUUACCGUAUACAAUGGACGCUUUUAUGCUGGGAAUGGGAAUGCUGGGCUACCCAAACUUUGUCGCAACAUAUGGUCGUGGAUACCCUGGAUUCGCACCGAGCUACAGCUACCAGUUCCCAGACUGUUUCCAGAUUUCACAAGAUAUUAUUUUUAUCAACUAAAUUUUCUUUCCUCUUGCAAAUUAGCAAGGUUUCCUGCAGUGUUAAUGAGAGCCUGGGUGGGUAGCUGUGAUUAACUGUUACCAUUGGCUGUAAUUAUCUCUAAUAAUAACUGCCUGGGCCCAACACCUCUUUAUAUAUAUAUAAUAUUAUAUAUAUUUUUAAUUAUUUUUUAAGACACAUUCCAUCAGCUGUCCGCUAUUUCGCUUCCUGCAUGAUUUAGUUGCUUGUAAUUUAAAAGCUUGUUUUGAUUUUUUUUGCUGUAUUGUGUAUAAACAUGUGCUUGUAAGUGUCACUUUCUUGGUUCUAUAAGCUGUGGACAACACAGUUUAUCUUUACAAUCACCAAUUAGCUCCCCCCCACCUUCUCACAAGUUUUCAGUUUUAAAAAGAAAAUUUUAUUAUAUUUUAAUGGUCCUUGAAGUAAAAAAAAUUAAAAAAAAACAUGGCUAGCAGCUAUGUAUCAGCUGCGAUGUGAUCUUUUGAGAUUUGUUUUUAUUAAGUGAAUGGUUUUCACAACAAUUUAUUGUGACCUAACGCCUGCGAUAUCCCAAGGUGCUUCACACCAGUGUUCUCAAACAAAUUUCGACAUGUAGGCACACAUUUUAGAGUAGGACACCAGAAGCUUAGUUGAAGAGGGAUAGAUUUUUAAUAAUGAACACCCAGCCAUUUUGAGGCCUGGGGUGGAGUCCGUCUUUCCAAACUUGGAAAAGAAAGUAUGUUUCUUAAACCUGUUACCACACACUUCCACAGGAGGCAGGACUUGGACCCAGACCUUGCGACACUGUGCCAUGUGACCCUAAAAUGCUGCUAUGUGUGCCCCCCAGUCUGAAUUUUCUCUUAAUCAGCCAUUUAUUCCCCACCCCCUAUUCAUUCAUGGAAUGAGGGCAUCAUCAUUUAUUACCUAUCACUAUUUACCCAGAGGGCAGUUCAGAGCCAACCACAUUGCCGUGGGUCUAGAGUCACAUGUAGGCCAGACCAGGUAAGGAUGGCAGUUUCCUUCCCUGAAGAGCGUUAGUGAACCAGGUGGGGUUUUCCCCGACAAUGGCUCGUCGACAGAAUCGUAAUUCCAGAUUUUUAUUCAGUUCAGAUUCCUCCAUCUGCCGUGGUGGGGAUUUGAACCCAGAUCCCUGGAACGUCCCCUCAGGCCUCUGGAUAAACAGACUAGCAACAAUACCACUAGGCCAUUGCCUCCCCUAUGGUAUCACUGUGGCACAAUUACUCUGGAAGAGAAGACCAACCCCUCACAUCGAGUACGUUGGAGAAAUCCUGAUUGAUUCGAUGUGAGGGCGU